AUGGCUGCACAAAACUCCGCGGGAAUCCAGACCCUCCUCGAUGCGGAAAGGGAAGCUCAUAAGAUAGUUCAGAAUGACCGCACAAAACGCAUAAAGGACGCCAAGUCGGAAGCACAGAAGGAGAUCGAAGACUACAAGAAACAAAAAGAAGAGGAGUUCCGGAAAUUCGAAGCUGAGCACUCGAGCGGAAACCAGAAAGCUGAAAGUGAUGCAAACAAGGAUGCAGAAGCCCAGCUCGUUGAAAUUCAGAAAUCCGGGAAAGAGAAGGGCAACAAGAUCGUCGAGGACCUCAUCAAGACCGUCCUAGACGUCAAACCCCAGGUCCCAGAGAAGAUAGCUAAGAAAGCUUAG